CGCUGCCUCGCUUACAUAGAAAAUUGCCAUACAAUAAUUGUUCGAUUUGUAUACAUGUCGUGAGCAACACCAAGAGAUCUUGUAUUCCAUCAAAUGCUGAAGGACAAAAGGAGUCAUUCACCUAUUGAAGUUAAUUCUCCAUCGCUGUUUAUCCGUGAGAAUAAUAAAAUACGUAUAACCCUCAAGACAAUAAUGGAUUAUGAUUAUCACCUCUGAAGACAGACCAACAACUACCACUAAACAAUUGACAUGUAAAAAAAGUAAUUGUUCUCCCACAAUUCCCAAACACAAGAGACAAUUCAUUUCAACAGCACUAAUUGACUUUUCAUUAUUUUUAUAAAGAUUUAAUCUAGAGGAAUGAAAAAUACCCUCCAGGUUCUUUUUAAUAACAUCUCAUGGAUCCAUCUUGGUGAAACCUAGAUACAAACGUCAACAAAAUGUACGCGUGUGAUAAAUCGUUGCCAGGAGGUAGCAGUCGAGGAAAGGCAAUAUCCAAAAACAUAAAUGAAAGAAAUGAAAUUCCAAAGCUUCGAAAAAAUCGAAGAAACGAGCUCAGGUGGGGUGAAGAAUAUUUUAACGCACUGAAAGCUUCUGUUUUUGCUGUCGAUCCAAACCCCUUUGUACCUGCAGAGAUUCCAGAGGAAUUGAGAUUAAAAAAUGAAGAAAUGCAGCCAUUUUACACGUGCAAACAUUGCAAUGACUCGUUUCGUUUCAAAAGGAGUCUGGAUGAUCAUGAGAAUCGAAAGAGUUUUGUUCUCGGUUACUGGUGUGCCCACUGUUUCACCGUUAGUUGCACUCACAUCCAGGAGGACGGAUCGAUGUGUCGAGACUGCCAGAACAUUCAGAACAAGAAUCGUGCGCGUCUGAGCAGACGAGGUGUCAGACGUGGCCAGAAAAUGGGCUCUGUCAAGAUAUUCUACAAUCAGUGUCAAUUUUUCGCCCACCUAAAAUCACACAGUGUGUACUCAGUCGAAAUGACGUAUCUCAUGAUGAUGCCAAUGCCCUCGGAAGUUGAAAAUUCCGAGUGGUCACACCUCCACGAUGCGUGCAAGGCCCUCAUGGAGUAUGCCUUUGUGAAGCAGAAGCACGUAGUGGACAUUUUGAGAACUGAGAAUCACACUGGAAAAUGGUGGAUGUCAGAGCCAUCUGACUCGUCACUUGUUGGUGAAUUAUUGAAGAAAUAUCUCAUUGAUUCUGAUGAUGAAGUGAGUGAAAAUUUUAUCGACCCCGUUGGAGAUGUUGCCGCCCCAAUCCCCAUCGAGGAUUUACCCAUCUCUGCAGAUAUAGCCUUUGUUGACUGUGGUCCAACGGCUUCAAUCUUCGUGCCACCCAAGGGAAAAGUUAGCCCACAGGCAGCAGCAAGGGUGUCUGUCCUCAAGAAAACACCUCCAAAAUUCUCUGAUAUACCAUCCCUCGAAGCCCUCAAAAAAAGUUCAAGUGGUCUCAAUGUAAAUGUCAGUGAAAAACGCUCGGAGAAAAUUAAUGACAAAAGUAAAUCCACCAACGUCGUAUCGAAACCACCUCCACAAAUGAUCAAGAGUAAUGUAAUAUCGGUCUUGAGGAAAAAUGAAAUUACAACGGCUCCAGAGCGAGGAGUCCAGCGACUCCCCCCACCUCUGAUCGAAACGAGUUCGACUAUGAUUGCAGGUAAAUCGGAAAGGGCUACAACUACUGUGACAACCAGUAGUCCCUCUGCAGUCCUCUCAAAUGUCUCCAAUUCUUCAAAUAAUUUAUCAAAAAUACCACCACUAUCUGAUACUAGUGGCAAGCUUGUGAUACCAGGUGGUACCAAGAUUAAACUCAUACAAAUUCCAUGUUCCAACUUGACAACACCUAAAGAGGCUCAAAAUUCAGUGACUAAUAAUAUUCGAACGGCUCAAAUACCACAAUUGUUGUCCCCUGCUCUGAAGAACAGGCAGAUUCAUCUGCCAAGAAGCUGCCUGGGCUCUGAUUUUCAGAACAAUGCCAAUUUACAUUGCUUGGAGAAUGGGCCCAAGGGAAUAGAGAUUCUCCUGAAGAAGUAUCAGCUCGAGAUGAGAAAAAAAUUGCUGACCUACUCGAAGCAAAAAAUUCAGACGAUAAUCAAUACUUUUUCAGAAUUCUGCAGGGAUUUCAGCAAGUCAGGUUGUGUGGAUUUAGAAUCCAUGUCGAGGAAGAAUCUGGCCACAUUGAAAUCAUUGACAGGAUACUUGGAGACAGCAUCAAACGAUCCAGUAAAAAAUCAAAAUAUGGAUCAAAAGAUCAAUAACGAUUUCAAGAGUAAAAUGACGUCGUGGGAGUAUCAGAAAAAUUGUUACCUCAUAUGCCCAGAGUGUAAAAAGAAGAUCAAGCCCAAAAAGUAUUUGCCAGGUAUAUCCAAGCCUUCGACUCAAGAGGAUCAGUAUUGCCAAUGCUCCAAUUUUAUCUGUCAUCUGUGCAAGGCCAAGCAGGGAAGUGAAAAUCGUUACAAAGAGCAUUUGAAAUUCCACAAGAAUCAAGCACCUUACACGUGUCCCGAGUGCUUCACUGUUUUUCCCAACAUGCAGAAUUUGGAAAUUCACAUAUGGACCAAGUGUUUCCAUUUGAACACGCAGGAGAUUUAUGCCUGUCGAGUCUGUGAAAUGGAGGGAUUUUUGACGAUGGAGGCGCUAAGUAAACACUACUACGAGACUCAUACGACGUCUGUACUGGUUUGUGAUCGUUGUCCCGUUGCCUCAACCUCUUACUUUGACCACAUCGUCCAUUGUUCCAAAGAUCACUCUAGCGCAGCCUCAAACCCCGAGACUCUGAUCAUCUGUGAUUUUGGUGGAUGCUUGGUAUCACCGGAGAAUUUCAAAGUUCAUCUAGAGAGCCACCGUGAGAUCGGUAAAAUUCAAUAUUACACAUGUCCUUUCUGUGCAUUUUUCAUAAAAAACGUUAAAGGAAAUGAGAAUAUCAUUCAGGAUCAUGUCUUUGGAAAUCAUCGAGAGAGAUUGUGUGAAGUUAUAACUCCCGAGACCCUCAACUUUUUUGCAUCCUACUUCAAUCUGAAGGUGGAAAGACCGAUCACAAAACAAUUACAGGUGAAAAAGGAGGAAAUGUUACUCCCCAAGAUUGUCAAUUCUUGCUCCAUAGCGAAAACUGCAUUUGAAUCGCACGAUGAGCCCAAAAUUCGAUCCCCACCAGCUCCCAAGUUCAUAAGGCUGAAUGCACUUCCCGAGAGUCUAGCUUCAAAAGUCCCAACUGGAGUGACCAUUCCCAAGAUUGUCAAAGUCCAGAGUAUAAAGCCAAGUGCUAAUGGGACAAUUAAUUUCAUCAGUAAUCAGAGCAUCACUUCAGUUGCUAAUAAACCUGUCAAUAUCAUCGGCAGUCAGGGCCUGAAUUCAGGGACUAAUAAAAUUAUAAAUGUCAUCAGCAACCAGAGCACAACUCCAGGCGUUACUAAACCUAUCAAUGUCAUCAGCAGUCCAAAAUUGACACCAUUAACUCUGCAGGCAUUCCAAUCUCCGAAAUUCUUUUCUAAGAGCUAUCUUCCGGGUAAAGUCAUUCACCAACGCCCAAUUAUGAUGAGGAUGAAUUUAUUCGAUAAGAACAGUAAUCAGCUGGACAAUAAGAAAAUUCUGGCUCGCACAUCCAAUUCAACAACUCCAAUCUCCACUAUUUCUGUCAAUUCUGUUUUGACUGCACCGCGUAGGCCAUCCUCACCCACUGAAAAUCCUGAUAAUUUCAAUUCAACAGCUGUCCUCGAACGAUCAGUAGAUGAUACAAGUCAAGCAAAUGCUGUCAUUGGAACAGACGAAAUGGACAAGUUGAGUGAUACUGCAGAUAAAUUUGAUAUCGAAGAAAUUAUCGAAAUUCCAGUUGAGAAUAGAGAGAUACAACUAGUAGAUCAUGCCAAAUUGAUGAGGAAAUCGGCAGAGGCAUUGAGACGAAAAGGAAGACCUAAAAAAGCGUGGAGAAUGGCACUAGAUGGCGUAGAGGAUGCCAACUCGCAGCCCCUCAACUUCAAGUGUCAUCUGUGUUACGAGAAUAUAACAACUUCGUGGGAAGUACUGAAACAUCAUUUUGCUACCAAACACUACCGAGAAUUCAAAUUGUGUGAGGUGACUCCCCGACUUGAGAAGAUCCCUCCAUCCGCCGAAGAAGAAGAAGUCAAGGUGGAAUGUAAGAAGAGGAAAUUGGAGCCUAGCUCCCCUCGGGGAGCAUCGAGAAGAAAAAGGAGAGGUAUUUUGACGAAAACUGAAGACAAUUCACGAUCUGGAAUUUGUGUUACGCAAGAGAAGCUCGAACAAGUAGAUGGUAACUUCCAAUGUAAAAAGUGCGAGGAGCUAUUCGCAGAUGUAAAGUUACUGAGAGAACACUUUGCAAACAAACACAGGAUAAAGGAACAUUUCUUGGUCUGCCUCGAGUGCGGAGCAAACUUUGUCGUUGCCAACAGUCUUCAGAUGCAUCUCAAAGCAUAUCAUGGAAUUCUCGAUCCUGUAUCCUAUCUCGCCCAGAAUUCGCUCUAUGCACCUGAUAUUGGAGGCUUUUACGACGCUAGAACGAGCGAGCCCAAUCAGUGCUACGUCUGCAUGGCAGUAUUUGAGGACAAGUCUGCUGUUGACAAGCAUCUGAGAGUUCAUGGAAUGGCCUUUCUCAAUCACACGAAAGCUGAGGCGAGGAAUGCACAGAAGAUCGAUGAAAAGAAGAGUGCAGAGGGCAGCAUGCAAGAGGUGAAACAGAAAAGCGAAGAACACAAUGGUGAUAAGCAGACCUUCAGUGGAAAUAUUGUUUCAAGGCUGUCCAUGUUACUUUCAUGAUAGUUUUAAAGUAUUACGUCCUAUUCAUUUAUUAUUGUUUUUUAGUUUUUUAUUUUUCUCAGUUUUCCUCUGGGAAAAUUAACGAUUUGGUUGGAAUCGGGGUGACAAGUUUCUUCGAGAUCAAAUUUUAUUUAGUUUCCAAUCCGUCUAGUCCUCGAUCGCUUCGGACUGCUGUUGUUAUAAAUCUAACGAGUAUUAUCAACUCCAAAACUCCAGGGGGAAAUCCUGACACUUUAUAACUCCUUAUUUCCUUCCAUUUUGUACAAUCAGCUCAUUCAUAAGAAAAAAAAUAAAGUUAAGGACCGGAUAUCCAACAAAAUGCUUUUUAUAUCCCACAUGCUUGCAGAAGGACAUAGAUCAUUAAGUCACAAAGAUUAGGAGUUGAAUUUCACAUUUUUCAUUUUUUCUUUUAUUUCCAUUUCUAAUUGAAGGUGAAUCUAAAUUACUAUACAAACCCAAAGAUUCCGCUGUACAUAGUCAGCACUAAAAAUAUCUAAAUGAAAGGUAUCAAAUUGAAAUCAUAUAUCUUUCCAUUGUAGAAACGUGAGCAGUGUAAAUAUCGUGAAAGAUUUUUAUAGUGAUAUGAUACUGUCAUAUAAAGAAGAUAUGAUUAUACAGAGAACGGAUUAUUCAUAAAUAAAAAUACAUCAUAACAAAUGAGCAUUAUUCAUAUUUUUCCUUUGAAAUAACAUAAACGGUAAUGAGAACAUGGAUUACAUAAAUCUCCAUCGUACAUCCUUCUCAAACAAUGUUUAUCAAUAUAUAUUUGUUGCUUCCAUAGCACUGAUACGGCUUGAUUAUUGUUGAAUAUUUGAAUGUCAUUAUUCAUUUGUUUUUCAACAUCUAUUUGUACACACCGAAGGACGUGUCUUAUUACGAAAGAACAUUGGUGGUACAAUCUUUCAUAACACGAAAAAAUAUUUGUAUCUCAUCAAUUCUAUUUAAUUGUAUUUUGUCUACACAUUUUACCUCAUAUGAAGAAAAAGAAAAUGAAAAAAACAAAAUGAUAUAUUGAUUGGAAUGACUCAUAGAAAUUCUCUGUUCUA